AUGGCUACGUGUGAAGUGCAGCUCCACCAAUCUGUGUGCCAGCUUCAGCAACAAGAAGAUUACCAACUCAAAGGAAGCUCCGUGGGGCACCCUGGGUUGAACAGCGGUGUGGGCGCGAAGCACAGGUCCAGCGGCGUGGUGCCCCAUCAGAGCAAUGCCUUUGACUGCAUUCUGAGGAGCCACUCUGCCCCAGGUGGGCGUAAAGUAGCCAAGGCCUUGGUGACGGGAGGAGCAGGCUACUUGGGACAACACUUGGGGUGCACUCUGGUCAGAGAGGGCAUUUCCGUAAUUCUUCUGGAUUUGCAGAAGCCAAAAUGGGACAUCCCUGAGGGCGCAAAUUUUAUCCAGGGCGACAUCCGGGAUUACAAGACCGUGUACAAAGCCAGCGAGGACGUGGACUGCGUGUUCCAUGUGGCGUCCUACGGCAUGUCUGGCCCUGACCAGCUGAAAAAACAGCAGAUCGAAUCUAUAAAUGUGGGAGGAACAAGAAACAUCAUUGAAGUGUGUAUUGAGAAGAACAUCCCAAGGUUGAUAUACACCAGCUCAGUCUGCGUGGUCUUCAAGGGGAACCCUAUUGACCUGGGGGAUGAAGAUUCUGUGCCUUACAUCCCACUGGUGGAGCAUGUGGAUCAUUACUCCAAAACCAAAGCCAUCGCUGAUCAGAUGGUGAUUGCUGCCAAUGGGACUCCAAUGAAAGGUGGUACUGUGCUAAGAACCUGCGUCCUCCGCCCUCCCGGUAUUUAUGGGCCCGAAGAGAGACGGCACUUGCAGCGAGUAGCCUUCUACAUUGAGUGGCGUCUCUUCAGUUUCACCUUUGGUAACAGGCAGUCCAGAAUCAACUGGGUCCACGUGGACAACCUGGUGAGAGCCCAUCUGCUGGCUGCUGAGGCACUGACUCCUCGAAAGGGUUAUAUCGCCAGUGGACAGAUUUACUACAUCAAUGAUGGUGAUCCUGUUCAUAUCUUUGAUUGGAUUGACCCAAUGUUUGACAAGCUGGGCUACAGACGACCUUUCAUUCACCUGCCAUUCUCUUUGGUUUAUGCAGUAGCCACAGUAUCAGAGCAUCUUCAUUUGGCCCUGAGACCCGUCUUUGAGGUUCCCCUUCUGUUUACCAGGAAUGAGGCGAGAACCAUUGCAGUGACCCACACAUUCAGGAUUGACAAGGCGCAGAAGCAGCUUGGAUUUUAUCCCACAAAAUACAGCUUAGCUUCCUGCAUUGAGAACUACAAAAGGCGGCCUCAUGGACCCGGUGACGUGCUCAUCUGCCUCAAGCUGUUUGUGCUCCUUGGAGCUCUCUUCAUCCUAUUUCACUUUUAUUCAUCUAGUUGUUGA